AUGCUUACGGGCUUGAUUUUUCUCUUGUGUGAGCCAGCCCGAUUUCCGGACAAGGGAUUCGCCUCGAUGGAAGUCAUCCCCAACCUCCGCCACCAAAUCGACCUCCCCCGUGGACCAGAAAGCUGGGGUUACGGGGACUAUGACCAAGGACCACCCGCCAAUCAUUUCGUGGACCAUGGCUAUGAAUCCAUCCCCAGAUAUCGAGAUACCUCCUAUUACAAUUCUGCCAGUCCGUCUCAAUUCAGUAGCGAAGGUCGAAGUUUCUCACGAAGUCCAUUAAGUGAAACUGAUGAGGAUUUGGAAGAUCGUAUACUAGAAGAAGGCUUUAGCGGAAAGGUAGGCGUUCCUACUUGGCAAGAACAUGGACGCAGAAGUCAAACGCCUUCGCCGAGUGCUCCACCCUUUUCCGGGUUCAUCAUGCCCAAUCUGAGGAGGAACGUCAACCUGAUUCAACCACGGUUGAAGGUUGAGACAGUCCACCAAAAAUAA